UCUUAUUUUGAAAGCAGUAGGCAAAAUUGCGCUUUGUUGCCUAAUGUGACUUGACGCUGGCAGUGCAGGGGAGCUGAGACAGGUAAAGGUGUGCGUGCGUUUGUGUUUUGUUUAUGAAUGUGGUGGAGAAAGGACGGGGUGACGGCGCAAAGAAGAGACGGAGAAGGGUGAAGGAAGGACAAAGACCUCGAAUGAGAGGAGGAAGAUCUGGAAAGAAAGAAGGAAAAAGAGAAGAGGGAAGGAUGACGGACAGGAUAGCUUCGUGUGGGAGCCUGUAUGACAGCACCAACCUGCUGCUACAGUAUUGCAACAAUGAUGACACGGUUUCAGCUAGCAGUAACAUGGACAUGGAGGACCGGGUGUCCCACCUGGAGCAGAGGCUGCAGCUACAGGAGGAUGAAAUCCAGCUGCUGAAGGCUGCUCUAGCCGAUGCCCUGCGUCGACUGGGAAACUGCGAGGAGCAGAACCUGGGGGCGCAACCAGGAGGCUUCCAUCCUGCUGGGAGGAGACCACUGGCCACCACAGUGUCAGCACCAACUACCAAGGUGCGUCAGCUCCUGCAGGCUCUUCCCUCCAGGCCUCUGAGCAACGGCUACAUUCAACAAAAACGCCUCCUCUCUUCCCCUUCAUCUCCCAAGAAAGAGGUGCUGCAGUCCAUUAAGAGGAAGAGUAUGUCCACAGAGCGCCUUACUGUGAUGAAGCGAGAGGCGGGAGCGGAGAGUCGGAGUCGAACCACCUCCUCCAGCAGCUCCUCCGGUGGCAAAAGCAAAUCCAAAGAAUUCUCCUUCAAUGCAGAGGACGGUUACGUGAGGAUGUUCCUCCGAGGUCGCCCUGUCGCCAUGCAUGUGCCCGACCAGCAGAGGGAGACGUACAGCAUCGACCGCAGGGUGGAGCUGCCUGAGCGCAAGCUCAAACUGCAGUGGGUAUAUGGCUAUCGUGGCCGUGACUGUCGCUCCAACCUCUACCUGCUGCCCACAGGGGAGAUCGUCUACUUUGUUGCCUCUGUGGUGGUGCUGUACAACACUGAGGAGCAGCAGCAGAGACACUAUCUGGGCCACAAUGACGAUGUCAAAUGCCUGAGUGUUCAUCCAGAUAUGGUUACUAUAGCAACGGGGCAAGUGGCUGGAAACGCUAAAGAUGGAAAGAUGCUGCAUCCUCAUGUUCGUGUCUGGGACUCUGUGAGCCUCAACACGCUCCACGUGCUCGGUAUGGGAGUGUUCGACAAGGCGGUCACCUGUGUGGCUUUCUCCAAGUCGAAUGGCGGUGCCUUCCUCUGCGCUGUGGAUGAUGCCACUGAUCAUAUCCUGUCGGUCUGGAACUGGCAGAAGGAGAAACAGCUGGCUAAUGUCAAGUGCUCCAAUGACUCCGUAUUGACUGCCAUCUUUCAUCCCAUGGAUGCCAACUUGAUUGUCACCUGUGGAAAAUCUCACAUCAACUUCUGGACCAUUGAGGGAAACACUCUCACCAAGAAGCAGGGCGUGUUUGAGAAACACGAGAAACCAAAGUAUGUGCUGUGUGUGGCGUUUGCUGAGAAUGGAGACGCCAUCACAGGAGACUCCAGUGGUAACAUCUACGUCUGGGCCAAAGGUGGUAAUCGCAUCAGUCAGGUGGUGUCAGGGGCCCAUGAGGGUGGGAUUUUCUCUGUGUGUGUCCUGAAGGACGGCACCAUGGUGUCUGGAGGAGGGAAGGACCGCAAGGUGGUGCUGUGGGACCAUGACUACAGAAAGAAGGCAGAGAUGGUGGUGGAUGAGUCAUUUGGUCCUGUUCGGGCUCUGGCUGAAGGAAAAGCAGGAGAGCUCUUUGUUGGAACCACCAAGAACUCCGUCAUCCGAGCUGCCUUCCCCGAUACGUUGACUCCUAUUGUACAGGGUCACACAGAUGAGCUGUGGGGUCUAGACGUUCAUCCCUCCAUGGAGCAGUUUGUCACCUGCUCCCAGGACAAACAGGUUCAUCUCUGGGACACAAACUCCCAUCAGCCCCUGUGGACCAAGACCAUCGAGGAUCCAGGGAGGUCUGCAGGUUUCCAUCCCAGUGGGACUGUUGUGGCUGUGGGGACCAUGACUGGAAGGUGGCUAGUGCUGGACACUGACACUCGGGAUCUUGUUUCUAUGCACACAGAUGGCAAUGAGAUCAUUUCCAAUGUCAGGUACUCUCCAGACGGUAACUUCCUGGCUGUGGCUUCCCAUGACAACUUUGUUUACAUUUAUGCCGUGACGGAGAACGGCCGAAAGUACAGUCGUGUGGGAAAAUGCACUGGCCACUCCAGCUUCGUCACCCACCUGGACUGGUCAACAGACAGCCAGUACCUCAUCACCAACUCAGGAGACUAUGAGAUCCUAUUCUGGGAGGCACCCAGUGGUAAACAUGUGACCAACAUGGAAACAGUGCGCAACCUGGAGUGGGCCACCUCCACCUGUACUCUGGGGUUCAACACCUUUGGGAUUUGGCCAGACGGAGCAGAUGGCACGGACAUCAAUGCUGUGUGCAGGUCACAUGACGGAUCCCUGCUGGCCUCUGCUGAUGACUUUGGCAAAGUGCACUUGUACUCCUUCCCCUGCUCUCAACCAAGGGCUCCAAGCCACGAAUAUGGUGGCCACAGCAGUCAUGUGACCAGUGUUGCCUUCCUACAUGACGACAGUCACCUGAUCUCCGCUGGGGGGAAAGAUACCAGCAUCCUGCAAUGGGUGCUUGCCUAGGCAACGCUAUCCAUCCGCAUCUCUAAUCCCUACAGACAGGGACCAGCAUCCUCUCUAACCUGUCACCUCUUCACAGUUUUAUUCCCCUGCCACCAGGGGGCAGCACCUCCUCUGUGCCUAAUGGAAAACACACACAACCUGACCAACUCAAAGAUGUCACAUCAGCUGAGAUGAGUAUCAUUGUAAUAAAUGAAAUGCAUAUUUAAUGUCCUGCUUUUUGUAAUAGAGUGUAGAGAAAAUUACAUCAAUAGCAUGAAGGGAUCCUAACUGCUCCCAAAAAGUCAACUUCUGCAACACCAGCCUAGCUGGAUGCCACUGGUGGUGACACAGCCAGUCGGUGAUGUUGGCAUUAGUACUGUGACUGAACUGUAUUUAUCUUAACCCCCAUUAAAGGAAAUCCCACCUACAAAUCAUAUAUUCUUUACAGUUUUGUUGGCCAUUUUGACUGCAUGCUAAACAGUUAGGUGUUAGGUUUAGGUUAUAUGUUCAUUCAUAUGUUGGGGUUUAUUAUUAAGAUAUGUUUCCAACUAUAACAAACAGCUUUUGGCUUCAAUUCCACAAAGUGCAAUAUGCAGCACAGACUUUUCAAAUCAGUCUGCACUAGAACAGCAUCACCUCCCAGUGAUAAUGUAAGACUGAGAGAAAAGAAUGCAGAAUUAAUUGUUUAUGGAAUUGUCCGGAUUAUACCAAAUGCAUGAAAGCCAGUGGCUUUUGGAAAAUGAAGAAAAAUCCAUCAUGAUAUCUAUAAAACAGCAGCUUUGGUUUGCAUUGUGUGCUGUGAUGUAAAGUGUACAUGAUUUGAAACAACAAUCAAAAUGUGAGAUCACAUGACCCUUUAAGAAUUACUUAAUUAAUAAUUAUUACUUAAGUAAUAAUUUCUUAUGAACAUGCACAGCUUUUUCCUGAAGCAAGAAAUUACAGAGACAAAGCUGCACAGGGAUGUAGUAAAACGGAAUGUAACCUGGUCAGUCAGUGUUCCUGUUCCUUAACUCUUAGCUUUAAGAGAGAGUGAUGCAUGUUUGGAAGAAUUUUCUGACCUUUCCUGGGGAAAAAUAAGAUUGAAUUAAUAGUAUUCUCUUUAAUAUCCCUACUGUAACCCCAUUGCCUCCUUAUCUUCCACAUUUCAAUCCAUCUGCCUGAUUUCCAAACUCCUAGGGUGCAGACUGAGAAUGACUGCUGCUGGAGAUUGUAAACGGUACAAUGAGGUUGUUUAGUCCUGAGCCUCUCAUUUCACCUCCAUCCCCCUCCCAGCUGCUGUGUUUGUGAUUGUACUACUACUGUAACUGUGCUGCGAUGGCACUAGGUGGCGCUACAGUGCAAGAUAAUGAGCAUGACUGAAGCUGUCCUGUAGAAGCUGCUAAUGUUGCAAAGGUCUUUAGAGUAAAUAUAUAUUAUGCAGUAUAUCCGAGUGGCUGUGUUAUUCUAAUACUUAAUUGUAACUGAUUGAUGUUAUUUUUCCUGUGGCACUUCUAGUGAUUGACAGAAGGGUAAUGUAGGCUGCUGUGCUGUAGAAGUGAGCUUGAGCUGUGCUUUGCCUCCUUCUGUCUUGGUAAUAAAGUUUUUACUCAA